CGCCGCCGCCAUUUUGUUUGCGGAGGGCGGGAAGAUGAGGAAGCGGCGAUGGCGGCGCUGGCCCUGAGAGCCCGUCGGGAUGGAAGCGGCGGGGCCGAAGGGGGCUCCUGGCGCGGCCUGUGGCGGGGCCGCCCCCUUCCCGCCCCGCGAGUACAAGCUGGUGAUGCUGGGAGCUGGAGGCGUCGGGAAGAGCGCUAUGACCAUGCAGUUCAUUAGUCAUCGCUUCCCAGAAGACCAUGACCCCACCAUUGAGGAUGCCUACAAAAUGCGGAUAAGAAUUGAUGAUGAACCUGCGAACCUUGAUAUUUUGGACACAGCAGGCCAGGCGGAAUUUACUGCUAUGAGAGACCAGUACAUGAGGGCAGGCGAGGGAUUUAUCCUGUGCUAUUCAAUCACCGACUGGCGGAGUUUCCACGAGGUGCGCGAGUUCAAGCAACUCAUUUACCGUGUUCGCCGCACAGAUGAGACUCCCGUGGUCCUUGUGGGGAACAAGUCUGAUCUAACCAAGUUGAGACAGGUCUCCAAGGAAGAUGGCUCGGCCUUGGCGCAAGAGUUUGGCUGCCCGUUCUUUGAAACUUCGGCGGCUUUUCGCUACUAUAUCGAUGACGUCUUCCAUACGCUGGUCCGAGAAAUCCGGAGGAAGGAGAAGGAAGCAGUUGUGGCGUUGGAGAAGAGGUCCAAGCCACGAAGGAGUGUCUGGAAAACGCUGAAAUCUCGGUUUUGGAAGAAGAAGAAUUCGAUCACAUGAAGAAGUGGCAUCCUCUCAUCAAAGAACUCAGGGGGCCGACGAGAGAGCCAAAGCAGCGCAGAAGCCUUGCAGCCUUGUGCGUUGGUUUCUUCUGCUCACUGUAUUUGUUGAAAUAUUAUUUUGUGUUAAACAUUGUGAAGGCCGUUCCGCCGUGGAAUAAUUCAGUUUUGGUGCUGAGAACUGUUGCGCUGUAGGGUGUUUUGAAUUUUGGUCAGUCUUUUCUCCCUCUGAUAAGAAUUGGCAGAAAGUUCAUUCAUCCAAGCGCCUCUACAUACAUGUGUUUUGCCAAUCAGUACAAAACGUGUCACAUUGGUGGCAUCACUAAUUAAACGUGCCUUGGUAUUUCAGAGGAUUAUAAACUGGCUUUCAGUUACAAGGAAGAUGAAGAGGAAAACACAGCUGGUAAAGUCUUUAUCCUCCUGUAUUUUUUUGGCAAUGUGGAAUGGGCAAGAAUAAUAAUAAUAAAUAAUAAUAAAACUUUAUUUAUACCCCGCUACCAUCUCCCCAAGGGACUCGGUGCGGCUUACAGGAGGCCAAGCCCACGGCACAUCGAUAAACAAAAGCAAUUAACAAAAACAAUCAAUACAAUACAAUUAAUAUAAAUCACAUUAAAAAAAAACAGUAACACACAGCAUUUCAAAACCUAUGUAAUAAUUUAAAGUUUAAAAAUAAUGCUGGGCAUGAACAAGGUAGGAUAUAACUGGGAUAGGAUUUUCAAAGAGAGAUGAGGGAAUGCAGUUAGUCCUAAAUCAUAGAAUCAUAGAAUCAAAGAGUUGGAAGAGACCUCAUGGGCCAUCCAGUCCAACCCCCUGCCAGGAAAUCAGUGGUAAAGUGCAUUUUGAGGGCAUUUUGCUGAGAGAUUUCCUUAUUCUGGGAAGGCACACUGGAACAACCACGUUUUCAGGCUCCUCCUAACGACUGCCAGAGUUGGGGCAUGUCUGAUGUCCUUGGGGAGUGAGGGGCCACCACCGAGAAGGCCCUCUCCCUCGUCCCCACCAAUCGUGCCUGCGAAGGAGGUGGGAGCGCGAGCAGGGCCUCUCCAGAAGAGAUCGUGUGGGUUCGUACACAGAAGUGCGGUCAGGGAUGCAACUGAUGAUGAUGCAAGUUUCUUAGCAUCUGCUAGCGUUGUAAUACAUUCCAGAUAUGUUCACAUUUUGCUGUUUUGAAACUUUCCAGUUCUAUAUUAUUCAACAGAUAAUGUUACAUUUUCAACCUUUAAGUCUGCCACUCCUGUGUCGUUCUGCAACUUGAAAGAAGCCUUAUUUUCUGUUGGGUGUUGGUAUGUGCUGUUUCAUAGGAGGUUGUUGAAUUGUGCCAGGAAGGGUACUGUGAAGUGCGAGAGCGGUAGAGUUGAGUGGCUAAAGCAUGGUCGAUGAAGGACACUUGGUCAGUGGUAGCUGUUGGUGGUAAAUGAAGUGUGCACAGCGCGGCAUUGUGAUUGGCAGCUGGUUCUGUAGCUUUAGGAGUAAUAUAUUGCCGAAGGCUUUCAUGGCUCAGAAUCACUGGGUUGUUGUGAGUUUUCUAAGCUGUCUGGCCAUGUCCCAGAAGCAUUCUCUCCUGACAUUUUGCCUGCAUCUAUGACAGGCAUCCUCAGAGGUUGUGAGGUCUAUUGGAAAUUACUUACUUAGGCGAUUCCUCGUUGUCCUAGUAGGAUAGUGUUCUGGCGGUGGGUCCGUAGGUGACUGUGGAGCCCUAUUGUAUUUGUGCCAAUUUUGGUCCAGUGAAUGAAAAUACAUCCUGCAUAUCAGAUACUUAGGUGAUCCCUCGUAGUCCGAGGAUGAUGGUCCUCCAAGGUCAGUGUUCUGACGGUGGAUACGUAGGUGACUGUGGAGCCCUAUUCUUGAUCUGCAUCUUCUCCUGCAGUGAGGGCAUUGGUUUCCAGGUGGAAAGUGGUCCCGGUCUGGGUUGGCUUGACGCGCCUUCCUCUUGGCACGUUUCUCUCUUUCACCCUCCAUUCGUGCCGCUUCGAAUUCUGGAGCACUGCUGGUCACAGCUGACCUCCAGCUAGAGCGCUCAAGGGCCAGGGCUUCCCAGUUCUCAGUGUCUAUGCCAGAGUUUUGAACCCAUCUUUCUAUCUCUUUUCCUGCCCACCACCAUUCCAUUUUCUGUUCUUGAGUUCGGAGUAGAGCAACUGCUUUGGGAGACGGUGGUCGGGCAUCCGGACAACGUGGCCGGUCCAGCGGAGUUGAUGGCGGAAGACCAUCGCUUCAAUGCUGGUGGUCUUUGCUUCUUCCAGCACACUGACGUUAGUCCGCUUGUCUUCCCAAGAGAUUUGCAGAAUUUUGCGGAGGUAGUGCUGAUGGAAUCGUUCCAGGAGUUGGAAAUUAUGCAAGUGGGGUUUAUACGAGUGUGGAAUAAUGUCCAAGAUGGGAGAAAGAAUUCUUGUCUGUUUGAGGCAAAUGUGAACGUUGCAAUUGGACAUUUAGGAGCAAUGAGUGCCUUACGUUGGAAUAGCCAGGCAUCCUCAAUGCUGGGGAAGUACCAUGCAUCUAUGGCAGGCAUCCUCAGAGGUUGUGAGUUCUGUUAGAAGCAUUCUCUCCUGAUGUUUUGCCCACAUCUGUGGCAGGCAUCGUCAGAGGUUGUGAGUUGUGUUAGAGGCAUUCUCUCCUGAUGUAUCGCACACAUCUAUGGCAGGCAUCUUCAGAAGUUGAGAGUUGUGUUGGCCAAAUCCACAAAACAGCCUUACCUUUGGGUUGCUGUGAGUUUUCCGGGCCAUGUUCCAGAAGCAUUCUCUCCUGACAUUUCGCCCACAUCUAUGGCAGUUGUCCUCAGAGGUUGUGAGUUCUGUUGGAAACCAGGCAAGUGAGGUUUAUAUAUCUAUGGAAUAAUGUCCAGGGUGGGAGAAAGAACUCCUGUCUGUUUGAGGCAAGUGUGAAUGUUGCCAUUGGCCAGCUUGAUUAGCAUUGAAUAGCCUUGCAGAUUCAAGGCCUGGCUGCUUCCUGCCUGGAGGAAUCCUUGGUUGGGAGGUGUUAGCUGGGCCUAAUUGUUUCCUGAAAAGAAAAAUGGGUUCCCCUAAAACUAUGGAGACCAAAAUCCACUGAUUAUGGUAAUGUGAAUGUAUCUAAACCCUCAUUGUUUCCUGUCUGUUUAUUGUCCAAAAAAAGUAACAUCUGAGACAAAAUACAGGCCUGCAACUGUUAUAUUGUCACUUUUCUCCUCCUUUAUGAAUGUAGGUAUCUGUAUUGUCGAAGGCUUUUGUGGCUAGAAUCACUGGGUUGUUGUAGGUUUUCUGGGCUGUGUGGCCAUGUUCCAGAAGCAUUCUCUCCUGACGUUUUGCCUGCAUCUAUGGCAGGCAUCCUUAGGUAUCUGAUGAAUUGAAGAACACUUAUAUGAUGUGUUUUAUGCAUUUUGGUCGGCCAGUCAAAGCAUCAAUUUGUGAAUUUUGUUGUACUUUUUUAAAGUGAGUGCCAGGCCCAGAUCCUCCCUUCCUGUCAUGACGCCAUUGUAUACGAAUCUUUGCAAAGUAACAAGGAAAAAGUGGGGCGGACGAAUGUCAACUCCUCUUUGGAUCUUCUGCCAAACAACUUUGUGUCGUGUCGUGAUUUAAACACUGGGUUGUUGUAGGUUUUUUUUCGGGCUAUAUGGCCAUGUUCUAGAAGCAUUCUCUCCUGACCUUUCGCCUGCAUCUAUGGCAAGCAUCCUGAGAGGUUGUGAGGUCUGUUGGAACUAGGAAAAGGGGUUUUAAACAGUUUCAGAAGAACUAGGCCUAACUUUUCAGUGUAGGAAACUAAACAAGAGAUGAUCCAAUUUAGCUUUAUAGUGGAUUUUUCUAUCUUAAUAUUUUUAUUGCCUUUGGAUUACCAAUGUUACUUGCUGUAGCCUUUUAAAAACGUAUUGUAUCUGCAUUACAAAAUCCGACUGAAAAGGCGGAAGGGGGAGAAACCAUGCAUUCCAUGUAAUGAAUUUUUUGAAUGUAGCAGUAUCGGGUGAAUUUAUAUCGGCCAAUUUCACUUCAUGAAUAAAGCUGGAUUCUCACCAUAAUUAUUAAUUUUAGUACAAAUUAAAAACUAUUUGAAUACAUUUA